AUGAUGCAUCAUAAAGGUUCUGUCUCUAAAGUACGAUUUACCUCAGAAGAAGACAAAAAGCUCACUGAAAUAGUAAUGAGUUAUGGAACAUGCGACUGGGAUUUGGUUUCUAAAGUUAUGAAAACAAGAACUGCAAGACAAUGCAGAGAAAGAUGGAAUAAUUAUAUCAGUUCAAACUUGACUAAUGCUCCAUGGACAGCUACAGAGGAUGAACUAUUGAACGAUCUUUAUGAUGAAUAUGGAAGUCGGUGGUCCAAAAUAUCCGAAUUCUUUUCCAACCGUUCUGCAAAUUGUGUUCGUAACAGAAUUAAGCUCCUUCAGCGAAAAUCGAUAGUUAAAAAUGAAAAACCAAUUCCUACUGAAAUAUCAAAUCCUAGUAACAUUAAAAAGGAUUUCAAGGGUUCCAAUGAUCCAAAACAAGCUGUUUCUUCUGCUACACAUGCAAAUACAUUAAAUUCAAUGUUUAAUGAAUUUGAAUUUGAUGAUUUUAUGGAUCUAUUUGACUCAACAACAUCUCAUAAUCAAAUUAUAAUGUAA